UCAUGGAGUUUAUAUUCGAUCAAAUUAAGCCUCACGUAUCAAACUAGAAAUCCACUUUUAGUUUGACCAAAUUCGACUAUAUCUCAUUGCCCCCCAAUACAAUAGCUCCUCACUUGGUAUGCUUAAUGUUUAUUUUCGAGCGGACAGAUUUUAGGCGGAGUCAACCCUCUCGCUUCGCCUCUUCCUCUCUGUUUGUACUUUAGAUUCGACAGCGCGUGGCUUUGUGUCCCCGCCCUUCAGCAAUCAGAUUUUACAAUCACGAGGGGAACAUGGAGCACGGAGACUUCAAUUUCCUGCUGGCUACCGAUUCAUACAAGGUCACACAUUACAAGCAGUACCCUCCCAACACCACCAAGGUCUACUCCUACUUCGAGUGUCGGGCAAAGAAAACUGAAUCCACUAAGAUUCAGAAAGUGAAAUAUGAUAAAACUGUAUUUUAUGGACUUCAGUAUAUCCUUCAUAAGUAUCUGAAAGGGAAAGUGGUGACUCCACAGAAGAUCACAGAAGCAAAGGAAGUUUACCGUGAACACUUUCAGGAUGAUGUGUUCAACGAAAAGGGCUGGGAGUACAUACUGGAGAAGUAUGACGGCCACCUGCCCAUUGAAAUCAAGGCUGUUCCCGAGGGUAGUGUGAUCCCCAGAGGUAAUGUCCUCUUCACCGUGGAGAGUACUGACCCAGAAUGCUACUGGCUCACCAACUGGGUAGAGACAAUCCUGGUGCAGAUCUGGUACCCCAUCACAGUAGCUACUAACUCCAGAGAGCAGAAGAAGAUCCUAGCCAGGUAUCUACUGGAGACAUCAGGGAACCAGGACAAACUGGAGUAUAAGCUGCAUGACUUUGGCUACAGGGGAGUCUCAUCUCAAGAGACUGCUGGCAUCGGAGCAUCUGCCCACCUGGUGAACUUUAAAGGCACAGACACGGUGGCUGGUAUCUGUGUCAUUAAGAAGUACUACGGCACCAAAGACCCUGUGCCCGGCUUCUCUGUGCCAGCCGCAGAGCACAGCACCAUCACCGCCUGGGGUAAGGACCACGAGAGAGAUGCCUUUGAGCACAUUGUGAGGCAGUUCCCCAACGUGCCCGUGUCCAUCGUCAGCGACAGCUAUGAUAUCUACAACGCCUGUGAGAAGAUAUGGGGAGAGGACCUCAGGAGCCUCAUCGAGUCCCGCAGCGCUGACGCACCCUUGGUCAUAAGGCCAGACUCAGGAGACCCAUUAGAUACUGUCCUCAAGGUGUUGGAGAUAUUAGGGAGGAAGUUCUGCACCACAGAGAACAGCAAAGGAUACAAGGUGCUACCCCCUUACAUCCGAGUCAUCCAGGGCGAUGGUGUGGACAUCAAUACUCUGCAGGAGAUCGUUGCGGGGAUGAAGAAACACAGGUGGAGUAUAGAGAACGUGGGCUUUGGGUCGGGCGGUGCCCUACUCCAAAAACUGACCCGGGACCUGCUCAGCUGCUGCUUCAAGUGUAGCUUUGUGGUGACCAACGGACUGGGGCUGAAUGUGUUCAAGGACCCUGUUGCUGACCCUAACAAAAGAUCAAAGAAAGGUCGCCUGUCGCUCCACAGAACACCGACAGGAGACUUUGUGACACUGGAAGAAGGGAAGGGGAGCCUGGAGGAAAACGGUCCAGAUCUCCUUCACACCGUUUUCAGAAACGGAGUGAUACUGAAGACGUAUACAUUUGAUGAGGUCAGAGACAAUGCUAAGAUCAGGGACUGUGAUCUGGAAGAGUCUGUAGACUGAGGCCUGUACAUAUUCCAACACACUACGCAGAAAGGACUGGAUCCCUUCUACCUCCCUUUACAGCACUGACCACCAAGGAUGAUAAUAAACAACACUCAACAUUGUCCUGAGAGAGAGAGAGAGAGAGAGAGAGAGAGAGAGAGAGAGAGAGAGAGACUUAGCACAACCAUAAAAAUAUAUAAACUAAUAAACUAUGUAUUUUUGACAUGUAGGAUCAUGUACAUGUAUGAUGGAGAAAUUAUAUAAAAAUAACAUUUUAUUGAGAUGAAUUAAACUUGAAUCUUUUGAUUUUA